UCCAACCCCCCCGCCACCUCGUCUGCCUCAACACGCAGGCGCAUCUCCUCAAAUCCUGUCCCUACCCCCUCCCUCUUUCUCUUCCUUUCGUUCCCCCACCUCUUACAGCACCUCUGCAGAUUCAAACUCUGCUCCGUGAGGGUGGCGGCGAUCGAGAGGUCACGUGAUGAGCAUCCUGCUGCCCAACAUGGCGGAGUUCGACACCAUCUCGGAACUGGAGGAGGAGGAAGAAGAAGCGGCAACGUCGUCGUCCUCGCCGUCGUCGUCGUCGUCGGUAUCGGGACCCGACGACGACGAGGAAGAUGAGGAGGAUGAGGAAGAAGAAGAGGACGAGGAAGAAGAGGAGGAGACACCACCCCCGCCUCGGGUAGUGAGUGAGGAGCAUCUGCGGAGAUAUGCCCCCGAUCCUGUAUUGGUGCGGGGCGCCGGCCACAUCACUGUGUUUGGCUUGAGCAACAAGUUUGAUACUGAAUUUCCCUCAGUUCUAACAGGGAAGGUGGCCCCGGAAGAAUUUAAGACGAGCAUUGGCCGUGUAAAUGCAUGUUUGAAAAAGGCUCUCCCGGUCAAUGUGAAAUGGCUACUAUGUGGUUGUCUCUGCUGCUGUUGCACACUGGGUUGCAGCCUGUGGCCUGUUAUUUGUCUCAACAAAAGAACCAGAAGAUCAAUUCAGAAGUUAUUAGAAUGGGAAAAUAACAGAUUAUAUCACAAGCUUGCUUUGCACUGGAAGUUGACUAAAAGGAAAUGCGAAACUAGCAAUAUGAUGGAGUAUGUAAGUAUGCAGUUGUUUUUAGUUACUUUUUUUGGAUUCCAUUCUAAAUGUUACAUUUUACUGAGCUUAUCACUUGUCAGUUCUUUCUACAUUUUUUUUCUCCUCAGCCUAAACUUCUGUCCAUUGGAGCAUAGAGGUUUCCUUCCAUCUUCCUUAUAUUUGUAGCCAACAUAAAAUAUCUUGAAAGCUAGUAAUUACUUAGAUCUGAGAAAAAUGUCAGCUAGUAUGCUGCAAUGAAAACAUUGCCCAACCAUAAUCUUAUCUUCACAUAGGUGCAGAAUAUCACGUUUGAUAAUGAGCACAACUGCUGUUGAACAAAAUAUUUCUAAAUGUGAUCUUGACAAAACUUGCAUAAAAUAGGAAUUGACUUCUGGAUUCAUGUUCCUGGCUUUUCCCAGCUAGCUGGAAAUAAACCUCGCUGUGUGACUUGCAUUAUCAAGAGUGUUCUCUGUCUAAUUGAGGGGUGGUCAACUCCGUACCCUAACAGUCUUAGCUAGCACUUAAUUUUUGAUAAAGAAAUGAUAGGCUCUUAUUUUUUUUUAUAAGCUAUGCAAUCUUAAUCACAAAACACAAAUUUACCUAUAACCAAUGUGAUAAGUUCAUCAUAAAACAUUCAAAAGAAUAUGAAACUCACCUAAACUUCACAUUGCUGACAUAUAUAUAUACAUAUAUAUAUAUUAUGUAAACAUUCCAUUUCCAUAUCAUAAAUAAGGAUUAUUGUGCCAUUUUUCUCCAUUUUGAAUAGCUAGGGGGAAAAAUGUGCAAAUGACCACAAAUCUAAAAUGCACUAUAGAUAAAACCUUAUAUAAAGUAUUAUAAAUUUACACAUUAGAUUUAUAAAUAACAUAUAUAGAGAGCAUAUAUCUAAAUAUAAGUUAGCAUAUAAAUUUAUAUAGUGUAUAAAUAUUUUUGGUUUUUAUUAUUAUAUUUCCAGUCUUUAAUUAAAAUGUUUUAAUCCAUUUGGAUGUUUCAUUAUAUUUUCCAAACAACUUGUAAAAGAUGGUAAUAACCAAUAUCAGCUACUUUAACUGAAAAAUAUAUAGAUGUAAUAUAGAUAAAGGUAUUUUUUAUAAUCUGUAAAACACAAUUUUAAUCCCUUCUACUUUGUCAAAAAAAAAAAAAAGGUGGGCCAAAGGAAGUAUAGAUAGAUGGAGAUAAUAAUGUAAGACGGUUUGCUUUUCUGCACCUAAACAAAUAAUUACAUGAAUUAGGUCAUAGAAACUGUUAGCUACAAUAAGUAGUUAUGUUUACCAAUUUGAUUUAAUUGCCAAUCUAAUGAUAAGUUAUAGUAAAUUCUUUUUAUAACUGUUUUAUAUAUUUUGCUUACUUUAUAUUAGAGGAUCAAAGUACAUCCUGUGGAAAGUGAUUAUAGACUUUCUGGGUUAUAUAUGUUCUAGCAAAUGAAAAUUAUUUUGUCAAUAUAUUCUGUUUGUUUUUAUUUUACAGGUAAUACUAAUAGAAUUCUUACCAAAAUAUCCCAUAUUCCGACCUGACUGAGGAAUUUUAUUCAGUCACUUCUGUGUUACUUGUCAUUUCCUACCCUUAGUGCCUUGUAGAUGAUUUUGGAAUGAAGAUGGUCUCCUUUGCUGUGUUCAACUUAUUCCUUAUUUUUUCUUCUUCUUAUUCUUUAGAAUAUUCUCCUUACUCUUUUAUUUGUGUUGGUUUAAGAAGAAAAUUUGCACAUCUUUUUUUUUUGUUAAUGGAGCUUGUGUUUUGCACUCUAUAUUUUUAAAUAAAUACACAUACAGAGACGUAUAUGUAUAUAUAUAGUUGCCACUAAAGAUAAAUCAUCAGUGCCGGUGUUUAAAAAACAAAAACAAAAAUUUGUUCCGAGCAUGCUGCCUUAUAAUUUUCAUACUCACUGUUUCUAAAUAUGCAUCAUUUUUCUAGGCUACUUAAUGCUCUGUAAUCCCUUACUGGACAUAAGUAAAUAAGCUUUUGGUAGCUUUUAGAAAUGGUUUUACUCUUACUUGCUUUUAAAGGACAUGCAAUUAAUAGCACUGGUUUUGUCCUGCACUUUGCUAAAUUAUCACUUAUGUUAGUGGAUAAAAUAUUUAAACUCUUAAAAGACUUGUAAAUAUUGUCUCUUUGCAUAACAUAAAAUGUGAUAUGCCAUGGUUUACAGAACGUAAUAUUACUUACUGUAUUGCCAACAAAUCUACAUAGAUUUAAAUAUGAAUGAAGUUCGCAAGCAUCCUCUUGAAUGUGUAGACUGUUAACAUGCUGUUUUAUGGCAGAGCCAUAAUGAGUUUGUUAAAAAUUUCAGGUGUAGGGCAGGAUUGCCCAAGUAAUGAGUGGAUUAAAAUUGAAAUCAUUGUCUGAGAUAUUCUGCAUUGUACCUGAAACCAAGAACCUUAGUUUUUCCAUUUAAUUCAGUAAUUCCCAUUUUGUCCUCCACUCCCACUCCCUAAAAAAUUCAUUUGACAUCCAACACAUUUCACAGCUUCAUUGUCCUUAUAUAUUGCCUUUUAUGUAUCCUUUCCCUCACUUGAAAAUACACACAAUUACGAUCUUUAAGGAGUGUUUUAAGAUUUCACAUUCUUGGGAAGUGUCUAGAUCCUCAUGUAAGCCACACUAAUCCCUUUUUGAACUUCUGAUACUCUGCUUUGGGAAAGAGAGAGAGCUAAUUGAAAAGCUGUACCUAAAGAAUAUAUAGUGGCUGAUUCAUAAUUGAUAAAAAUAUUCUUUAUUUUUUGAGGAUCUUUUUUUAAACAUUUGGAUAUUACUAAUAAGGAAAGACAAGUACUUAGACAAAAGUAUUUUAGUUUAUAAAUUCACCACACAUGUAGCCUUUUCAUUUACAUAUACCUAUUUUUCUUUUCCUCUUCACAAGUAAGAUGAAUGAUAAUACCACACUUAUUUUGAAUUUUUAGCAUAAGUAUAAAGCUUUAUGUUGUGUUAUUUCAUCUGCAAAUGUAUGCCUGUCUAUAGGCAUUAUUUGUAACUCCUUUUGCUAAAAAUAAAUUAAAAGAAUCUGAGACUCAAAAAUAUCCUAUUUGUCAUCUUACUCUUAACUAGAGUAAAAAAUUUUUAGACAUUUAUCCCAGUGAAGAGAACAGUCAUUUUUUCAUACAAAGUCAAGUAUUUUAAAGUCACUUUUAAAAUUUAUGCCUAAUUUGAAAUCCAUAGUCCUGGACCAGUAAAAGAAGAGGAAAAAAAGAGAUACUUUUUGAUAUAUGACAAUAAUUGUUUGCACACUUUUCCAACUCCCUCUGUAGAGUCUCAUUACCCCUAUACCACCAAGCUACCCGGAAUCUCUAACUUUUAAUAUGUGUGCCUGAAAAUAACAUUUGUCUGUCUGCUGCAAAAUUAAAUAUGUAUUUUUAUAGACAAGGUGGAAACCUCUGAAAAUGCAUACCAAAUGUCUUGUUUUAUAGCUAAGGUCAGGGAAAAAUUCUAUCUGUGGUUUAUGCUCCAGCUAAUAUCAUCAGGUUUAUGCUUCAAACUGUGACUGUUUAAUACCAAGAUUGAUUUCCAGAAUAAUACAAAAUUUCUAAUUAGCAAUGAUAGAAUAAUUUUAAGUGUCAAUCCUUAAAAUCUCAUUUUUCUGUAUAUUUAGAAUUUGGUUAUCAUAACUUUUUCUGCCAUGUAUAAAUUACACUUGGUUUUGCUCAAAGAACAGCAAGAAGUGGUGAAUUGUUUCCAUGAAACAAAUAUUGAGACAGAAAUAUAGUGCAUCUGACGGUGACAGAAUAUAACUUAAGUUACAGUAGUAUUUGUCAUUAAAAUCAUUUGCCAGCAUUUGUAAACUUAAUUUAAAAACCUACUCUUAAUUGCUUUUAAAUUUAUUGUUUUAUUGUUCAUUAUGCUGGUUGAUUCAUCUUAUUUUCUUGAACUACUCAGAUAAUAUAAACUUUCUUUUUUCUUUCUUAUAUGAAUGCUUUUUCAAACUAUUUUCCUGCGUAAGGGGCUAAUUACCAGUUGGGUAUUUUGGAGUGCUUUGGAGGAGGGUGUUUUCUUUUCAGUGAAAUUGGCAGCAGUGAAUGAUGAAAUGACAAAGCACACUGUGUGGUCAUAAUCCCUCCCCCACUGACCUCUUUUUCUUUUAUCCUUAGGGUGAAACAUACUUGGUUAUUUCUAUCAAGUUCUUAGAAUAUGUUUAUGAAAGCUGUUUUUGGUUGAAGAAAGUAAUCGUGAAUUUCUUUUUUACAUGAUAUUCUUUUAUGAAUACUGCUGUGGUAGGUUCCAGAGAAAAUAACAUGUAUUUGCCAAAGUAUCUAAAUCUCACAAAGCUUUAAAGUCACAAGUUAAAACUGUUCCUUCUCUAACUUUUCAUUACAUAUCUCCAUCCCCAGUUCCCCCUUUAAAAACAUAAAUUAUGUAUAAAAUGAAAUUAAGGCCUAACCUUUUUCGACUCUUUUUUGUUCCCUCCUACCCAUGAUAUUAAUUUAAGAACUAGAUCAUUGUAGUCAAACAUUAGAAGAAGAUGGAGAAGUGCCUUGUCUUUUUUGAACAAAGAUAACAUUUUAUGUUGAUGGAAACAAAAUGGAUGAAUUGACAGAUCAUUAGAUUUAAAACUAUCCUUUUCAAGUAUAAGAAUAUUUCAUUAGCAUAUUUCUUAUUUUUCUUAUUUCUCAUAUUUCUUAUUUCAUAUUUAUUAUUCAAAGCCUGUUUCCUAGUUUUCCCCCAAUCAUAUAUGUUAAUGAUAAAGCAUUACAGAACAGGGCUAUCAAUCACUUAAAAAACUGGUAUAAUUCUAAUGCUAGUGAAUAUAUAAUUUACAUGGUUCUGGAAGAACAGUGGUCUUUGAUUGAAGCCCUACCAAAAUCCACUUAAGUAUUUAAUGUACAUACUAUUUAUAUUAUGAUCUAUAAGCACUAAUGUGUGAUCAGUUUAUCUGUGUUAACAUUUAGCACUCUACAAUUUUUAAUGAAAUUUAUUCUUAUUUUUUCAUAAUUUGAAUGAAGUUCCAUGCUCAUAACAUUUGUAAGGCUUAGAACAAAUAGAAUUUUUCCAAAUGUAUUAAGAGUUUCAAAAAUUAUUAGCAUUUUAAUUUUGUUUACACAUAAGCCACCACUUAAAAUCAAACCUCACUACUCGAACAUAAAGCCCCAGAUAACAUUUCAUCAGAAUUAACUGUGUUGGCUUAGGAGAAUAUAGAAAUUAUAUACACUUGUUUAACUGGAGCAGUUUCACAUGUGGGAAUAUAUUUGCUAAUUUGAUUAUAACAUGCCCAAAUUCACUGAAGUUAAAUCCCCUUAUGCCUAUAAAAUUCUGCUUUAAAAAAUUCAUUUUGCAGCAAUUGUCUGCAAUUGUCUGAUUGUUUGGAUUCCUUUAAAUGGUGAACUAUUAGGAAAUUUUCCACAGAAAAGGAAUAGAUUUUAUUAAUACUACUUGUUCAUGUAACAUAGGAUACUAAAAAAGGAUAUGUAUAUCCUUAUCUUGCCCCAAAUUUCUCUCUUGAUUCUGAGCCAGCCUUUUCAUUUUCACGAUGGCAACCUGAAAAUAUAUUCCAUUUUCUGUGGACUUUGUCAGCUUCUUACUAUAAUGAGGAAAUGACCUAAUAUUAUGGGCUUUGGGCAAGUCACAUAAAUUACAUUUCAGUCUCUUCAUCUGUAAAAUCAUUGGGUUGAACCUAGAGCUGACAGAAAAUUAGAGAAAAACUAAUACUCUGUGAUUCUAGGAAUCCUUAGGAAAUUCUUACUCUACAGAGUCCCAGAAUGAUUUUUCUCAGAUCUACUACCCUUGGUGGAAAUUCUCACAGUGCCUUGCACACAGUAAAUGUUUGAUUUGCCAACUGACUAACUGCUGUGUGUUUAUGUCACACAGACUAAAGAACCUGAUACCUGCUAGACCUCAGCCCCUCUAUGGUAAUAAAAAGAAAUGCAGUUUCCCUAGGAAUGAAAAGCUAAGAUCUAUGGGUUUUGCAUAUGUGGAAUCUGACUAUGCAUUUGGUAUCGAGGCAAGAAUUAUAACUGUGACAACAAUGGAGAUAUGGGAGGACCACUUUGACAUUGAUGUGAAAAUUGUUCAUAUCCUAUCAAAUAUCUGCUUCAGUGUCUUACUAGGUUCCAUAUCCUCAAAAAGAUCUAUUGGAACAAAUUGAUACUAGAUGGAAAGAAAAGUGGUAUGGAACUCAAACCCAAAUCACUUCUGGUUUAAUUCUUCAUUCUGCUGCUUAAUUCCUCUGUACCUCAUGUCCUCAUUGUGGAAGUGGGGACAAUAAUCUGGGCCUACCUCACAGGGGAAUUGAGGAUUUUUUUUCAUAUAUUAGUGUGCUUUUGAAGUUCACUGAAAGAUAUACUGGAUAUCAUAAUUUUGUAAUUUCUAAAUAGAUUCCUUUAAAAUCUAUGUUGUUAUGUUUUCUUUCUCAGUUAAACUCUACAGAAUGAGUGUUGCAGUUAAUCUAUUUUGUCAGUAGUAAAUUUUGUUAUUAAUCUCCUAUAUGUUAACAUGAGUAAUUGUGUUAUGUUAAUACUUGACUUAGGGAGGAAAAGCAGGUGGAUGCAAACUUCAGUGGUUCCCAACUUGGGACAGAGUAAAGAUAGCAGAGGGCAUCCUUGAAGCUUUUUCUUAAUAUUUCAAAAAAUAUACUGGAAAGCAUACAUUUACCCAUAUUUCUGCCACAUAAGCCAAUUAAGACAUUGAUUUUCCAUGCAUUUUACUUAUAUUUUUUCAAUCCUGCCUAACAACACUGGUUAUCACACAUUGAUCAGAAGCUGCAAAUGACAGUUCUGCUUUUGAUUAAUAAAAGAAUGAAAAAGCCUAUUAUUACAUGCAGUUUAGUAAAUAAAAUUCUUCAAAACAUGGGGAGGGAAUAAUAAAGGGAUGCUUAUGGUGAAAAUGCUGAAAACCACUUUUACAAAGGGGCUAAGAUUAUUGAUUAUUUGACCCUCUCCCCAAGUUACUUACCCAGGUCCCUAAAUAACAAAAUGCUAGAUGUGUGUGUGUGUAUUAGAUUGGCCUAUAUAACUUCAAGUUAGAAUUUGCUUUCUGUUCUCUUCUGUUUCAGGAUAACUGAGUUAAUUUAUUUGAGUGUGUAUUUGUAAAUUAUAUAUACACACAUAGGAUUGCAAAUGUGGAAAGUUUUAUAUGUUCUAGCAUUGGAGUAAAUAUCAGCUUCUGAGUCUCAAAGUAGUUCUGUGUAUAAACUCAUUAUGAGCCUAGGCAAUAAUUUCUCAAAUGUCCCUUUUAUUCCUGUUUAUUUUGUUGCUUUUAUCUUGGCUUAGUUUUCUUAAUUUUCCAUUUUUCUAGUAAGCAAAUAGUGUAAAAUUAUUUUAAUGCUUGAACUUUGAACAGAUUACAAGUGUUUGAAAUUGUAUAAUCAGCAAGCUAGUUUGCCUUCCAUGACUAACCACAUACAAAUAAUGAAUCUCAGCUGCAAAAACAGGAAAUGCUGGUAGCUGGAAAAUGGGCAUUGAUCAAAACAUCUAUUUGAAAAGCCUAGGAUUUCUACUUUUUGGCAGAGGAUUCCUACUGGGACAAGUUUACCAGAAAAGAAUAAAAGUGGAUAUGUCCAUUCAAACCAAGAACAUUCGUGAUCUUGUAUUGUUACAUAGCCUGUGGAAUGAAUUUAUUUUUCUCCCGUGUUUGAGAGUGACUCCCCUGAAAGAACUCAUCCUAUAUACAGCUGUGCCAAAAUGAAGGAACCUGCCUCUCUGAAACUUUCACUGCUGCUUCUGUUGUUCACUUGUCGGAUAUAAAAUUUUAUUAUCUCAGGAUGCAAAAUUACAAUAAAGUGCAAAACUAUGUUAAUGAA